AGAGCUUCGUGCUCACUCUGUGGAGCUGAAGGCGUUUGAAUAGUUUGAAUAACGAUUUUGUACGGCAAUUAACACAAUUAACUUCGAGGUUUUUGGCUUUAAAUACACACAAAAGUCUGUUUUAAGUUCAGUGUUGAGGCUGGCUAACAGGUCUUUAAUCCCUCCCAGUCAUGUUUCCUUGGCUCAAGUUCCCACUGGAGGGAAGUGUGCGGUAGUAGCAUGGGCAGCACCUCGCCUGCCGGAACGGCGGCAAAAUUCACAGUUAUAAGCCAUAAGGAGGAUAUUUUCUGGGGUUAAAACUUCGAUGAGUCCCUUCUGGGAGACUCCAGACUGCACUGCUGACUGUGAAAGCUGAAUGUCGGCCUGGAAAGCGAGGAGGGAAUGUAUUGGGCUCGAAGCUGACGAACAGUUCCUCUUUUUGGCCUUCAUCUGCACAGCCAGAGACGACAACAGCUCCUCGAGCAAGAAGAAGACUAAGAGGUGGUCAAGAUGGCAUCACAAGAAGGGGAGGAGCCAAACGGUAACAGCGGCCAAUCAGACAGCAGGCUGAAGAACAAGAAGCCGCCCAGCCUGGUGAUUGCCAUCCCUCCUUUAGAGGACGAAGAAAGAGCAACAGUGCAGGAAAGACAGGUUUUGCGGCCAUCGCUGAAGAAGAGUGUGAGUCUCCUGCAGUCAAAUGAAGCGCUGUCGGACAGCGGGAACGAGAGGAGAGCAGCGUUUCGCAGACAGACGUCUCUCUCUCAGAGUAUUCGCAGGGGUACAGCCCAGUGGUUUGGUGUGGGCAGUGACUGUGAAAGUAAACAGCAGGUGUGGCAGAGGAAGAGCUUGCGGCACUGCAGUCAGCGCUACGGCCGGCUAAAGGCUCAAUACAGAGAGAACCAUGAGGCAGCCAGCAUGGAGCAGCCCCUCGACUCACCAGGGGCUUACAAAAUGCCAAAGAUUGUGGACCCCCUGGCCCGUGGGCGUCAGUUUCGUUAUGAUGAUGCGGAGCGGCCCCGGACCCCCCACGCCGCUCACCCUGUCCCCCCGCCCCCGUUGACCCCAGGCGUGACCUCCAUCUGCUCCUUUACCAGCCAGCGCUCCGGAUACACUCGUUUCCCGCGGAGAAAGAGAGAAUCCGUCGCUCGCAUGAGCAUCCGCGCAGCAUCCAACCUGCUCAGGGGUCGUCCUGGGCUGCAGGGAUCACACACGGCCCGCGGUUUCCACCGCAGGAGCUUCGCUCGGCCCAGCUGGUUGGAGGACGAUACAGCAGACACAGCAGACACUUCUGAUUCAGUCUUCUUCAGCAAGAUGGAUGUCCAUGAGGAGUUGUACUCUAUGGCUGAUGAUGUGUUUGAGUCUCCUCCACUUUCUGCUGCGUAUGCCACAGACAGCACUGUAGAAGAAGCGCUCCGCUACCCCAGCAUUAAAGACAUCAGCAAAGCCCCAGUGGGCCCUGUAGAUAAAUCUCGUCGUGGAGCUCGUAUUGCAUCGCAAGUGAAACACUUCGCCUUCGAUAAACACAAACGGCAGUACGGGAUGGGCGUGGUGGGCAAGUGGCUGAACCGUCACUACCGGGGGAGCCUGAGCAGCCAGGUCCAAAAACAGCUGGAUGACUUCCACAGUCACAGGCCUUAUUUUACUUACUGGAUCACCUUCGUGCACAUUCUAAUCACCCUGCUGGCCUGCUGUACGUACGGAUUUGCUCCCGUUGGCUUCGCCCAGCACUCCAGCACUCAACUGGUGCUGAGGAAUAAAGGGAUCUAUGAGAGUGUGAAAUAUAUUCAGCAGCAGAAUUUCUGGAUCGGUCCUGGAUCUGAAGACCUGAUCCAUCUGGGGGCGAAGUUCUCACCCUGUCUCCGAAAAGACGAGCAGAUAGCAAAGCUGAGGCAGAAAGCCAAAGAGCAGGAGAGAGAAUCCGGAUGCUGCGUACAGAACGACAACUCCGGAUGUGUUCAGACGCUCCGAGACGAUUGCUCUGAGACUCUGGCCACCUUCAUCAAGUGGGACAAUGAGACCGUAGACAUCCGUAGGUCAUCAGGGGCCGUGUGCCAUCAGGACCCCAGGACGUGUGAGGAGCCAGCAUCAGCCAAGCCUCAUCUGUGGCCCGAUGACAUCACAGAGUGGCCGGUAUGUACAGAACCACGCACAUGGAAUUACACAGGCCUUCGGCACAUGGACUGCACCAUCAGGGGCCGCCCCUGUUGCAUAGGAACCAAAGGAAGGUGUGAGAUUGCCACCCGUGAAUACUGUGAGUUCAUGCACGGCUACUUCCACGAAGAAGCCACGCUCUGCUCUCAGGUUCAUUGUCUGGAUGAGGUUUGCGGUCUGCUUCCAUUCCUAAACCCGGACAUCCCGGAUCAGUUCUACAGGCUGUGGCUUUCACUCUUCCUGCAUGCAGGCCUCCUGCACUGCCUGGUGUCUGUGGUGUUCCAGAUGACCAUCCUGAGGGACAUAGAGAAGCUGGCCGGAUGGCUAAGGAUUUCCAUCAUCUACAUCUUCAGUGGCAUCACAGGGAACCUGGCCAGUGCCCUCUUCCUGCCUUACAGAGCCGAGGUGGGUCCAGCGGGCUCCCAGUUCGGCCUGCUAGCGUGCCUGUUUGUGGAGCUCUUCCAGUGCUGGCAGAUUUUAGAAAAGCCAUGGAAGGCCUUCCUCAAGCUGCUCGGCAUCGUCCUCUUCCUCUUCUUCUGUGGCCUGCUGCCGUGGAUCGACAACAUCGCUCACAUCUUCGGCUUCCUCAGCGGCUUGCUGCUCUCCUUCGCCUUCCUGCCUUACGUCACGUUCGGCACCUACGAUAAGUACCGCAAGCGUGUGCUCAUCAUCCUCUCGCUGCUCGUCUACGUGGGCUUGUUCUCUUCACUCAUCGUUUGGUUCUACUUCUACCCCAUCAACUGGCACUGGCUGGAGCAUCUCACCUGCCUCCCCUUCACCAGCAAGUUCUGUGAGCGCUACGAUAUCGACCACGUGGUGCACUAACGUAGUGGCAGCUGUACUAAUCAGUAGUUUCCAGGCUCCAGGCAGGACAGCAGGGGAGCUGGCUUUUGGAAGCCGAGAGCCGAGAAGAAAACAUGAGGGACGAGGAAAACAGGUACUACUGCAUGUGCUGAGGUAUAAGGUCAGUACUGAGUUGUUGAGUCUGGCACUGGGAAAUGUGCAGGCCUUCUUCUACUGCAGGGGUCUUAACACUAAACACUAUUUCAAUGCAUUUCAAACACUUGCCUUAAACCAGCCAGGCUUUUUAGCAGAGUUAAGGUUGCGACAUGACUGUGACAAUUUUUAUUUUAUUUUUUUUUAACUUUGUUGCACUAACAACUAAUACAACUUGGCUGCCCUACACGAAUACUUCACCUGUUUUUCUAAAUUUCAUCACAAUUCAGUGUAAACAGUCAUUCAGAGUGGUUUAAUGUAAACUAGUUCAUUGUACAAUGCAAAUACACCUCUUCACCACAAAUGGCUUCUACAAAAAUACAUUUUGGGCCAAAACCUUCUCAAACCAAUCACAGAACAAUGUCUCAGGCGUCAGUCACUGUAUUCUUAAUUCUUUACAGGCAUUAAAUCAGGGAUGUCCAGUCUUAUCCUCAAACGGCUGUAGUUUAGGGGCUCUCGAGUGGCGCAACCAUCUAAGUGUUCUUGUGAUCUAAGUGAUCUAAGCUGUAUCAUCAGAAGAUUGCGUAUAUUGUGUGACUGGGGUAGACCUAACUAGUGAGUGGAAUUUGAUACGAUUACAUUGGGGAGAAAAUCAGGAAAUCCCGCCUAAUUCUGCUUGUCAGGUUAGUUGGUCUCAGUUCCUGCUUUAAUGGAAUGAAAACCUGCAGCCACACAUCCCUUUGCGGAUAAGGUUGGACACCCCUGGACGUCUGGUUCACAUCACCACUGCUGUGUACAAUUCUGACUCAGUUCAGUUCAUAUAAACUGGAGCACUUCACAUUAAAUGACUCCACUCUGAAUGACUUCAUUUACAUCUUAACCAUUGGAUUAUGCAGAAAUUUUGGAAAAAUCUGUGGAAUUCCUACUUCAUGCUCAGCUCUUUUUGUUUUAGCCUUGUUUAACCACAUCACCUGGAUAUGCCACUAAGACAAUCCAAUCAAAAAUGUUCAAACUCCAGGGAAGUCUAGAGCCACGCACGUCCUAUAUACAUUUUCAUCUUUUUUUUUUAAAUUAUGGAUAUUUGAGCUCGAGCCGGUGUUAUUCCUUUAUUAUAAUGCGGGAUAAGAAUCUUCAGAAUGGUACAUUCUUGAACCAGAUAAUGCACCCUAAUGUGCCUUGAUAAGCAAAUCUCUUAACUUCUUACUCGGUCUGUGUUCGUUGGCCAUGCGGGAACAUUCUAGAACACUGAGAACUGCUCUAGAACACCGUUCAGCGUUUUCUCCCCUGGCUAGAGAUUAGAGGCAACUUCCUCUGCAUGUGUCCGGCUUAUGGACAGGGAAACCGAUGACUGACUGGAAAGGAUUACGGUCUAAUUGCGAUGAACUGAGAAUAGGAGGCUUUGAUUAGUCAUGCUCCAACACCAGCAUACAGUAAAGCUGGUUUAUCGACCAUCGUUCGAUGUGCCUGACGAUAGAGGAGGAGGAACCAACGCUGUGACAGUGUGAACGUUUCACAGCCGUCCGGCACGAAAGUGUAUGGUGCUGUUCAUAAGAACUGGAAAUGUUUGUCUGUGUUGUACUCAUUCUUGUCUAGAACACGAACAGAACGUUAUGCCAACCAUCAGUGGAAUCUGUGGGCACGGAUGGGUGCUAAAGAUGGGGUUGUUCAGUAAAUGAAGCUCGUUGAGCUUAUAGAUCUGCAUUUCAUUUAAGCUGAAUGCACUGUUUUAUCUAGUGAUUAUUAUUGUUGUUAUUAUCAUUAUUAUUAUUAUUAUUAUUAUUAUUAUUAUUGCUACUACUACUUUUGUACACUUUUAAGCCAAAAUGUGCCGUUAUUGUUCUGAUUUGACAGGUUUUUUUUUUACUUUUAAGCACACUGUGCCUUAAAAACAUUAAAAGGGAAUCAUGUUUAUGACUUUCUGAGAUUUUUACAUUGUGAAUUAAAUAUAUUUGUACAAAUGAUUGUAAAAAAAGUAAGAAAGACUGGACUGUGUAGAGGUGAUUUUGAGGUAUCGUAUCAUAUUUUAUAUUUGGUUUUCCUCAUAAUAAUGCAUUAAAUAAAGUAAUCCCCCCUAAUGUUUAUGUAAAAUGA